GUCGACAAAUUAAUUUACCUCAUACUCAAAGCUUCUUACGUUCUUCCUCUAUGAAUACUAUGGAUUAUGAAAGUACUGGAUAUCAAAAUAAUUCCUCGGUUUCAUAUACCCACCCGGGUAACCUUAGCCCACCACCGUAUUGCAAUCAAGCCGAGACCCACACAAACAAUUUUUAUUCACUUCCAAUACCUUUCUGUGGCUCCUCCACCCAACCAACGGAUAAUCGACAUUUCAACAAUCGAUCUAUUUCAUACACUAUUACGCCAAUAUCCAUGCAAACGUCACUGUCAUUUAACAGCUCUAACGCAAUGAACGAGCCAAGAUAG